AUGACAACCUUACCCCGUCUGCCCAUAUUGGAGGCCAUCGCCAGCCAUAGACCCGACUCGACGGCCGUCGUCCACUCCCUCUCCGGUCGCUCCUUCACCUACUCCGAGCUCCUGGCCGAUGUAGGGCGUGCGAGGGAUCGUCUACGCAGUGCGAGGGGGGGCGUCGACAUGGAUGGUGAGAGGGUCGCUUUCCUCCUAGAGAAUAGCUAUGACUAUGUCGUCACCCUCCUCGCCGUCAUGGCCUCCCGGUCCAUCGCCGUCCCUCUAUCUCCCGCCUUCCCCGCCCCGGAGCUGCAGUACAUCCUCAACCAGAGCGAGCCGUCGCUCCUCGUCUCCUCGGCCAAGUUCGCCUCCAAGGCCCGCCAGACCCUCGCCGGCGAGCUCGUCUCCCCGCCCACCCACGUCGAGAUGCCAAAGCACGUGGGCGGCGCCGACUCGCCGGACGAGCACCACCCCGUGACGUGGGAUACUCGAGGUCCUGGCGAGGCCGGUGUCAUGCUGUACACCUCCGGGACUACCAACCGACCGAAAGGAGUCUUGCUUCCCCAGUCCGCCCUGACGGCGCAGAGCCGUUCCCUCAUGCAAGCAUGGGACUACUCGCCGCAUGACCGUCUCCUCCACGUCCUCCCGCUGCACCACAUCCACGGCAUCGUCAACGCGGUGCUCACGCCGCUCCUAUCCGGCGCCUCCGUAGAGUUCCUCUUCCCCUUCAACGCCGACGCCGUAUGGUCCCGACUGGCGGCGCCCUUCCUCCCGUCAGAGGACAAGACGCCGACGGCCGUCGCCGCCGCCAAAGCGCCCCCCGUGACCUUCUUCACCGUCGUGCCGACAGUGUACAGCCGCCUGAUGACGACGCACAAGCUUCUCCCCGAUGACGUGCGCGCCGCUGCCUCGGCUGCCGUCAGCCCGGCCAACAUGCGCCUUGCCAUCUCGGGGUCCGCCGCCCUGCCGACGCCCGUGAAGAAGGCGUGGCGCGACCUGUCGGGAGGCAGCGUGCUGCUCGAGCGCUACGGCAUGACAGAGGUCGGCAUGGCGCUGAGCUGCGGCCUCGACCCGGGGGACCGCAUCGACGCCAGCGUCGGCUGGCCCCUGCCCUCGGUGCAGGCCCGCCUCGUAGAUGUCGACACGGGCGCCGUCAUCGCCCCGGGGGACGAGGUCGACCCUUCCACCGGCCGCGAGCGCUCCGGCGAGAUCCAGCUCCGCGGACCCACAAUCUUCAAGGAGUACUGGCGCAACCCCGAGGCCACCGCGUCCGAGUUCGUCCCUGACCCCGACGGUCAGGGCUCCUGGUUCCGCACCGGAGACGUCGCCGUCCGCCGGCCCGUGCCCGAGGCCGCCCGCGCCCAGCCCGACUGGACGGUCGGCCCCAUGUACUUCAUCCAGGGCCGCAAGUCGGCCGAUAUCAUCAAGACGGGCGGCGAGAAGGUCAGCGCCCUCGAGGUCGAGAGGGAGCUCCUCUCCCUGCCGCAGGUCGCCGAGGCCGCCGUCGUCUCCGUCCCCAGCGGUAAGUGGGGACACAAGGUCGGCUGCGUCGUCGUCCUCGACCCGGAAAAUCUCCCCGGCCGUGACUGGAGCCCCCUCGACAUGCGUAGGGCCCUCAAACCCUCCCUGGCCGGUUACAAGAUACCCCAGGUCAUGAGGGUCGUUGACGGGAUCCCGCGUAAUGCCAUGGGCAAGAUUAACAAGAAGCAGCUCGUUGCCGACAUCUUCAAGGAUGACUUCAGUGGCGACGAAAUGUAA